GUCAGUCUGAAAACAGACCCGUCGCCGUUAGUUAGCUGUGUUUCAAAAUCUAUUUGUUAAAUCGUCGCAUUUUAAACAGUUUAUACAAACGAAAUAUUCCUAUUUAUCUUUUAGAAAAUGGGAACCAGAGAUGAUGAAUACGAUUAUCUGUUUAAAGUGGUUUUGAUAGGAGACUCGGGUGUUGGCAAGAGCAACCUGCUCUCUCGUUUCACCCGGAAUGAGUUUAACCUGGAAAGUAAGAGCACCAUUGGAGUGGAGUUUGCCACCCGCAGUAUCCAGGUGGAUGGGAAAACGGUGAAGGCUCAGAUCUGGGACACGGCAGGACAGGAGCGCUACCGGGCUAUCACCUCGGCGUACUACAGAGGCGCGGUGGGGGCCCUGCUGGUCUAUGACAUCGCCAAGCACCUGACCUAUGAAAAUGUGGAGCGGUGGUUGAAAGAGCUGCGGGACCACGCAGACACCAACAUCGUCAUCAUGCUGGUUGGCAACAAGAGUGACCUGCGUCACCUCCGGGCCGUGCCCACCGACGAGGCUCGGGCGUUCGCAGAGAAAAACGGUUUGUCUUUCCUUGAGACGUCAGCCCUGGAUUCCACCAACGUUGAAACGGCUUUCCAGACCAUUCUGACAGAAAUCUAUCGAAUCGUCUCUCAGAAGCAGAUGUCAGAGCGUCAGGAGAGCGACAUGUCUCCUAGCAACAAUGUGGUCAACAUCCAGGUGCAGCCCACUGAGAACAAACCAAAGAUGCAGUGCUGUCAGAACAUCUAGCCCCGCCCAUGUUACCACUACACCUCUACUACCCUUAUAUACCCUAUACCCCCACCUCUUCCCCCUUAUAUACCCUGUACCCCCACCUCUACCCCCUUAUAUACCCUGUAGCCCCACCUCUACCCACUCAUAUACCCUGUACCCCCACCUCUACCCCCUAACCCAUCAUAUACCCUGUACCCCACUUCUACCGCCAUAUGCACUC